UUCUUUGCAGAGGUAACGAGAGGGACGGGGGCGCUUUAUAAAGAUCAACUCCGUGCAUUUGGCCCUCUCCUCCUUCUUUCAUUACAUUCUGUCGUUUUAGUCACCAACUCGCUCCAAGAUGCCCAGCAAGAGGAAGAGGAACAAGCGUCGCAUGAGGAGGGUGCAAGCCCUGAAGAGAACCAUUGAAGAGCAGCAUGAAGCCACUCGAUUAGUCAAAACAAGCCCAGGGAUUGCAGUAAGUGUGCCUCCUGCAGCAACUCCAAAGAAAGCUCCAGCACCAGCUCCAGCUCCAGCUCCAGCUCCAGCUCCAGCUCCAGAAAAGAUCCCGGAGACUGUUGCCAUCGUGGAGGUGCCCAAAGUUGAAACAAAACCAGCUGUGACAGAACCUGUAGCAGAGCCCAUCCUGGUCAAAGCAGAAGCACCAGAGCCAGAGGCUGUGGUGUUGGGACAGACUGUAGCAGACGUUGUCGAGGUUGAAGUCCCAGCACCAGUCAUUGCAGAAGAGCCAGUUGUCACUAAAGAAGAACCAGUCAUCAGUCCAGAAGAACCAGUUGUCACCAAAGAAGAACCAGUCAUCAGUCCAGAAGAACCAGUUGUCACCAAAGAAGAACCAGUUGUCACCAAAGAACCAGAACAGAACCCCCCUGUCAUUGCUGCUGCUGCAGUUCAAGAGGUCAUUCCUGAAACAGAAGCAGUGACUGAGGUGCAGUCUGUUGAUGCUCCAGUCGUAACCACAGAAGCUGAACAGACGCAUGAUGUCUGUGAGCCAGAGACUAAAAUGGAGGCUGAGGUGUUGGCGGACGAAGACGAAGUCACUACGGUGAAGGUGGAAGUGACAGAAGAUAACUCUACAUUAGAGCCUGGAACUGAAGCCAUGGAAGAACCCAUGGUGGAAGUACACACCUGUGACCAGGAGUCAGCUGAAGCCGAAACUGCUGCAGAAACAGAGGAGAAGGUGGAGACCACAGAGGAGAAGGUGGAGGUGGCAGUGGGAGAGGUGGUGACGUCGGAGGAGAAGGUGGAGACGACAGAGAAGGUGGAGGUGGCAGUGGAAGAGGUGCAGACGUCGGAGGAGAAGGUGGAGGUAGCAGAGGAGGAGGAGGUGGAGAUUCUUGAGCCAGAACAGCACACUGAAGCUGUCAUCAGUCCUGAGGAAGAGGAUGAAGUAGAAGUGUUGGAUGAAGGUGUACCUGAAGUCUUGGCAGAGCCUGUCACAGAGGUGUUGACCACUGUCACGGAGGUUCCUGUAGAAACACCUGAAACUCAAGUACCUCAGGAAAAAACUGAGGUGCCUGCCAUCACAGAAGCUGCUGACACAAUGGUUGAUGACUUUGUCGUCACAGACAGUGUUGCUGCAGUGACAGAUGCCAUUGCAGAGUCAACUGCUGUACAGCAGGAAACUCCAGUAAUCAGUGACACCACCAGCACCCAAAUAGAAUCUGCAGUCACUCCUGCUGAGCCUAAACCGGAACCAGAACCUGAGCCUGCUACUGUACCUGUCAAAGAAAUGAUCAUGGACGUCACCCCUGAGCCGACGUGUGUGGGUUUGCCUUCAGGCAAUAUCAAGGCAGAAAUCUGUGACAUGCCCUGUCAGAUGCAGCACGCAAUGGAAUCUGUGCAGCUCAAGUCAAUGGAAAUGUCGAUGGAGAAAGCAUUGAAUGGACAAGUUGUUCCAGAGGUUUCCACUGAGGGCUAGAGCCGCGGAACACACUCCUUCAAAUGUUUUUUUUCUUUGGCCUUCGACAGAAGCAUCAGGAAAUCGGAGGAAGAUCCGAACUUUGAAGUGCCUUUCCUGUCAAGCCACCGAAACAAGAUGUCACCAUGUACAAACGGCUGACUGUUGUUUGUCAUCAGGAGUUUACAAUUUUCUUUUUUUUUUUCUUUUUUUAAAUGUAUAUCUCCUCACAUGCAGUGAAUCUGCAUGAGCAGUAGAAGCAUUCAUAGUUCAGAAAUGGAGAAACAAUGGUUUUUCUUCACAUUUAUAAAGUCACAGAUUUUGCAUUUUACCAUCACCUCCGCUUGCGGCUCUCAAAGUGUUAGACUUUUUGGGCCUCUGGGAAACUUUUGAUACAAAGCCAGAGGUGAUGCUUUAACUUGUCGUUUUUUUUAAAAAAUUGUUUUGUAUUGACCAGAUGAUGAGCCACAGUUUUGUGUUCAAAGAGGGGAAAAGUGAUUUGGAGCUUUUUGAUGGUCUGAUUUUUAUCAACUUUGAAAUAAAGCUGUAAUUUAUCAGAA